GAGAGUGUCAGUGGAACAGGGGUCAGUAUCAGGGGGCUUGGUUGCAUUGGUGAGCAUAAAUAUUUUACUCUCUUCUCAGAUUUCUCUUUGUUCAUGAAGUUACCAGAUGUCAAGCUCACUAAUGAACAUGUGAAAUAAAAUAGGAGGACAAAGAAUUCAUUGCUUUUGAAGAGUCAGGUACAUAGACACUGCUGGUUUACCACGUUAAUAAGCACUCUCGGAGAGAAAGUGUGUGCCGCUGCAUGUUAAGUAGAAGUGGACUGGACAACUACGAAAAACCCAUUAUUUAUGGCAAAAGGAUAAGCAUGGGGACGACAGAACUGAGCGAAAAACAUCAGUCACCCGAAGCUGUGAAGAAUGUAGACAAGCUGACUAAAGAGAGAGUUUUGUGAGCUCAUUAUGGAAAGAAGGAUGCCGGAUUUCAACCGAGCUUCAAAAGACAAAUCUGGUGAAAAAGAAAGACACAAAAGAACAGCACAGAGACAAAAGAGAAAAGGAGCCAAAAUGAACAGAACUGCCUGUUGUUCAGGCGAGACUUAUAAAGGGCUUCCUCUUAUUGGCUCCAGAGCAACAGAGAAAUCAGCCAUCACCACUCAAGCUGGAAAAAGAAAGCGUGCUCAGCCUCCGAUCUCUACUGCCCCCCGAAACAGCUUCAUUGCACCCUGGGAAGGUUCCUCCAACUCAGAGUCUUCAUUUACAAGCAUUCCUCCUGCUCCUCAUUUCCCUUCUCCUCCUUCUCCUCGACACCCUCCAUCGAACACACCAUCCAAAAUCGUUCCAAAUCCACCGCAGCCAAACAGAAAUACCAACCCUGAUAGUCGACAAAGUGUUCUUGUGAAGCGACGACUAAUUCCUUCGAGAGGAACCUCCAGGCCUCAGCACUUACCUCCAUUACGCCAUGUUAGCAAUCUCAAUUUUUCACGAAGCUUCACAUUCUCAUUUUUCGAGCUGCCUUGGCAUCAGUCAGUGCAAAAUCGAGCAGAUCGACUCAAAGAGCUUGUUCUGCUGCUGAAGAAAAUACAAUACUGACUGACCUGCAUUUCUUUAUUUAUAUAAUGAAAUUAUUACUGAAUGAAAAAUGUUCAUAGUAUAGUUACUAUUAUUAUUAAGAUAUUAAAAUUAUUGAUUUUACCUGCUUAUACUGAAUUUUUUAAUUUUAUUGAUUGAAACUUCAGGGGAAAAAAUCUUUUGCUAAAUUCCUGAAUAGUUAAAAUUGUGUCCCUAAAAUAAAUAUGUGAAGCUCAUUAGGAUUUAUUUAGCUGUACAGUAUGCUUAAGAAUCCAUGCUUGAACAUAAUCAUCUUGAGAGUAAAAAGAUGUUGCGGAUUAAGUAAUAAUUUCAUAAUCAUUUUUAAUUAUUUAAAAUAUUUGAAGAUUUUCAGUUGAUAUCAUUAUGUUUUUGUGCUUUGACUACACCUAUGAUUAUAAAUUAGGAAGCUUUGGAUGCAGAUACAUUUUGUAUCAUCUUAUUCACACCACUACAAUAUAACAAACCUACUACUGAUUUUACCUUGAUGACUAUGGUAUGUUUCUUAUAUAUUUUCCAUUAAUGAGUGAUUUGUUUAUCUUAAUCUACCAUUUUUAGUGUUUUUGCUCAAAAUUGACCAGGCUCUUUAAAGCAAUUUAUAAAGAAUAUCUGGUAUCAGCUAGAUGACGAUGGGCUCUCCUUUGAAUCUGGUUCCUCUCAAGGUUUCUUGCUCAUAUCGUCGUUGGAUGACUUAUUAGUAAUAAACUUUGUAUGAACAAUUUUUUUCUUCUUUUUGAUAAUGUCCAUUGUUAAAAGCACUAUAUAAAUAAAAUAUAACUGAAUUAGCAUUUUAAUAGUAAAUACUACUGUUACCUUUUAAGAAACCCCAUUUCAAGUCAUAAUCACAAGAUUUACAUUCCUUUGUAAUAUAUAUGGUGAACACACCUCAGUUUAAAUUUAAUUAUAUUACUUUUUCUUAAGUGAAAAAUUCAUGUUUUAUGUUUUAUUUUUGAAUACAGAUCAUAUAGAUUAAAAAAAAACUUUGUUGUGAUGAUCAGUCAGGCCUGGCUUAGACUGCUUGGUCAAAGAUACUUACUUUUUAAGCAGACAGACGUAUUCUGGGUAAAUUGUAACAAAAAUUCCCAAACAGUGACGUAUACAACAACAUUUGAUUUGUUUUUCAAGGAGCUAUGGAUACCAUAUGAAAAAAACUAAAAAAAAGAUCUUACCAGAAGUGUUUAGUAGUGUUGCAGCAAACACAGGAGUUCGCAUUUAAUGCAAUGCAUGGUCCAUAAAUACUGAAUUAUUGGAAGUGAAUGAAAAUUCUAGCUAGUUAGGCUAUGCUAACAUUAUUUGGCUGGCAGGGUUAGCUGUUUAAUAGGAAUUCAGCGAUUUUAGUACAACAUAAAAACUUCAUAUGAAACUCAUAACGGUUAAAAUUUUCUGUGGUGAUAGACAUGAGCAUGGCAGAUGAUUGUAAUUGUUCUGUUAUUGCUGUGAAGUGCUGAGUUGGACAAUUCUCUAAACAUUUACCAGCAAUCCCAGAUGCUUAGAUUUUGGCCUAAUUUACAUACAAUUAGUAUUUUGAUGAUUUGCAUUUUUUUUAUUUAGGAUUCUGUAUUUAGCUUCUUUUUUAUCCCAAGACCCUAGACAUUUGGGUUCCUUGUGAUUUUGUUGACAGUUUUUCUGUUCCUUUUUGUGCUGAAAUUGGUAUGAUAUAGAUAAGUGUAUGUUCUCUGUUUUGUUUUAUUCCAUG